GACGUAGUGGAUAUUUUGAUGAGACCAGGAAGUGCCGAAGAAGGCGAAGCUUGAAGCCUUGAUGAGCUGAACUUUCGGCGACAUUUAUUAGCCUUUUUUCAUCGACUUGUCGCGGACUGCUUGAGAGGACGUGUUGGUGUGAGUGUUGAGCUUCCGAAGAGCCACUCUAAGAUGCCGAGUAUCAUGGAGAAAAAUCUGUUCAAUUUAAAGUUUGCUGCCAAAGAACUGCAAAGAAAUGCCAAAAAAUGUGACAAAGAGGAAAAAGCAGAGAAGGCAAAAGUCAAAAAGGCCAUCCAGAAGGGAAACAUGGAAGUGGCGAGGAUCCAUGCAGAGAACGCCAUCAGACAGAAGAACCAGUCGGUGAACUUCCUGAGGAUGAGUGCUCGAGUAGAUGCAGUGGCUGCUAGAGUCCAGACAGCAGUCACAAUGAACCAGGUCACGAAGUCUAUGGCCGGAGUAGUGAAGGGCAUGGAUGCCACCCUGAAGAGUAUGAAUCUUGAAAAGAUCUCUGCUCUCAUGGACAAGUUUGAGCAUCAGUUUGAAACCCUGGAUGUCCAGACGGCCCAGAUGGAGGACACCAUGAGCAGCACCACAACACUCACAACACCACAGAAUCAAGUGGACUCUUUGCUGCAUGAAAUGGCUGAUGAAGCUGGUUUGGACUUGAACAUGGAGCUUCCUCAAGGCCAGACAGGUUCAGUUGGUACCAGCGUGGCCUCUGCAGAACAGGAUGAACUGUCUCAAAGGCUCGCCAAGCUCCGAGAUCAGAUGUAAAGAUGGACUGCAGGGUUCUCCAUCGCUUGUACACUACCUGAAUAUGUCUCGCUUUUAUUUACUUUUUCUCUCCUCAUGACAUCUCAUGCCUCUCUGACAAAGAGCAACUGUAUAGAUUUAUUUUUUUCUUCCAAAUCGAGAGCAUGUUCAGGUUUUCAUUUAUGGGUUGUGUAAAUUGUGUCGGAGGAGUUGGUGUCCUCUGUGUAGCGGUCACUGUGUGGUCAGUUUGGAGAAGCAUCAGAUUUAAAAGAACCAACAAAAGAACCCCCAUUUGAGAGUUUUAUCAUACAUCCAACUUUCAAAAUGAUUACAAUUUCAAAAAUUCUGCCCCCCCCCCCCCCCCCAUUUUAAGGCUGUUACCUUGAUUUCUGAUCGUUAACUGAAGUUCUACCAAACCUACCCACAGAGUUUAUUCAGCAGCACAUCUUCACUAAAAGGGCUGUAAUUUACAGUCCCUCUAAUCACUUAGUAUAAAAGCAAUUGGAUGUUAAAAUUCACAAGAAAGAGCAGUUUUAAUGGGGAAAUUCAGAGCUUUAAUGGAAUAUGUUAAAAUGUAGGCCCUCUGGUGGUCAAAAAAAAUGUAAUUUAUGAUGUCUCAAAUCUUCAGUUCUCCAGAAUUCUAAAAACUGAACACACUGGUUCCUGACUUCUGCUGGUACAAGCUACUUUUAAGUAUUUUACACAGUUCAUUUCCAGAAAAAUGCUCUACAUGUUUUACUGAUUAAAACAGUCUUAUUUAAAAAAAUAUACCUAUUUAACUUUAUUAAAUUGUGAUUUCAAAUGAAAGCCAGUUAUCACUUUUUUGUUCUGUUUCAUGCACUUCUGGUGAUAAAGUUUAAAGUUUUGGACAGUUUUCUGUUUCCUUAUUUUUCUAUUCCUAGAUUAUUCAAAACUUCUCCCUUAUAUGGUGAUUUCACACCAACUUGUAUUUUUUUUGUGUCCAUUGUUUUCGGAAAGUCCUGAGAUGGUUGGUUUCUUUUCUGUUGUCAUUUUCACAGUAAUGGCUUGUCUUUUUGGAAGAGGGCUACAGUUUGGGGAUUGAGCUGUGAUGGAACAAUAAAGUUUUAUGAUACUUACAA